AUGGAUUCAAGAAGUGGGCCAGGAUUAGAGAAAGAAAAACAUUUGAGAUCUGAACUGAGAGAUUGCAAGAAGAGAUUUCAUUUUCACAGCAGUGUUGAGGAAACUGUAAAAGAAAAAGGGGAUCGAGUUUGCGGGUGUCAAGAUUCUGGUUUUGAAAUUUAUGAGCGUUUUAUGGGCGAAAAAAGAUAUUUUUUGUUGGGACAACUUUAA